AUGCCUCAGUUAUUGCGAAACAUUAAUGGGAUUAUCGAAGCCUUCAGGCGCUACGCCAGGACCGAGGGCAGCUGCACUGUGCUCACCCGGGGGGAGCUGAAAAGGCUCCUGGAACAUGAGUUUGCUGAUGUCAUUGUGGAACCCCACGAUCCUGCCACUCUGGAUGAAGUCCUGCGCCUGCUGGAUGAAGAUGAUACAGGGACUGUGGAAUUCAAGGAAUUCCUGGUCCUGGUGUUUAAAGUUGCCCAAGCCUGUUUCAAGACAAUGAGCGAGAGUCCUGCAAGGGCUUGUGGAUCUCAAGAGUGUAGAAGCCUUCCCACUGGGGCCUCACAAGAGCUGGGGAAAGAACAGAGCAGGAGAGCUGAAGUGGGGCAGGCUAGGGAAGGACAGCAUCAAGAGGGGAGCCAAUGUGGACAGAGCACUCAGGCCUCCAGAGGACAGGCAGGGAUUGGGGCUCAGACCCAUGGUCAGGAUCUUGACCAGGACAGGCAGUCUGAAUCUCAGAGACAAGAGAGACAGAGUCAGCAGACACAAGCUGGGGGACAUGUGCAGCAGACCCAGAGAGUGGGAGAAGCCAAGAGUCACCAGACCAGACAGAGGGAGUCAGAGAGACAGUCACAGACCAGGAAACAGGACAGAACACACCAGACAAGUGACCCAGUGACUGGAACUGGAACUCAGACACAGAGAGAUGCAACCCAGACUGUGGAGCAGGACAGGAGCCAUCAGAUAGGAAGCCCUGGCACACAACCACAGAAGUCCACCCAUGGCCAGACCAGAGGGACUGAGGUCCAUGGUCAAGACAGGAGCCAGACAAGCCAAAUAGUGACAGGAGAACACGUUCAGACACCAGGAGGUGCCACCCGGGCCAUGGAGCAGGAUAGGAGCUGUCAAAAAGGAAGGCCUGGCACACAGCCACAGAAGUCCACCCAUGGCCAGACCAGAGGGACUGAGGUCCAUGGUCAAGACAGGAGCCAGACAAGCCAGAUAGUGACAGGAGAACAUGUUCAGACACCAGGAGCUGCCACCCAGGCCAUGGAGCAGGACAGGAGCAGUCAGAUAGGAAGCCCUGGCACACAGCCACAGGAAUCCACCCAUGGCCAGACCAGAGGGACUGAGGUCCAGGGUCAAGACAGGAGCCAGACAAGCCAGAUAGUGACAGGAGAACAUGUUCAGACCCUGGGAGGUGCUGCCCAGGCCAUGGAGCAGGACAGGAGCCGUCCAAUAGGAAGCCCGGGCACACAGCCACAGGAGUCCACCCAUGGCCAGACCAGAGGGACUGAGGUCCAGGGUCAAGACCGGUACCAAACAAGUGAAGUGGUGACAGGAGAACACAUUCAGACACAAGCAGGGUCACAAACCCAGACACACACCCAGACCAUGGAGCAGGACAGAAGCCAAACUGCAAGUCACAUAGGGGAUAGAGAUGAGGGACAGACCCAGAGGCAGUCAGGCAGUGGUCAAAGAUGGACACAAGUGAGCUUCUAUGAGGCAGGAGAGAGGAAGCUGGGAGGACAGACCCAGGCUGGGUCAAGCACUCUGACAGGCAGACAGGACUGGAGCAGCACUCACCCAAGGUGUACUGUGACAGGUGGGCAGGGAGAGAGAGAACCCACAGUGGUUACCCAGGAGUGGGUGGAUGACCACAGAAGGGAGAUGGUGAUCCCAACGCAGAACCAGGGCAGCCUGCACACUGGCAUGCCUUCAGCCCAGGGCCAGGAGACAGCCCAGCCAGAAGGGAAGCAAGGCCUCACAGCCAGGGGGCUAUAUUCCUACUUCAAGAGCAACAAGCUGUGA